UGUCGUUUUACUAUGAAAGUGUGCCAAUGGAACUAAAUUCAUCAGACUCCCUAUGCAACGAAACAAUUGCCUGGAUAUGGCUAUCCUCUCUACAGCCACCGUUUCUAGCUCUUGUCAGCAUCCUGGGACUGGUGGGCAACAGUCUGGUCCUCUGUGUGUUCUGCCUCCAGCGGAAGCCUUGCAGUGUAGCUGAUGUGUAUUUGGGUAACCUGGCGGCUGCAGACCUAAUCAUGGUACUUUGUCUGCCCUUCUGGACGGUCACUAUCGCCCAAGGCUAUCAAUGGAACUUCGGUCAACUCCUCUGCAAGGUGGUGAACACAGCCAUUUCUAUGAACUACUACUGCAGUAUUCUCUUCCUGGUGUUGGUCAGUGUGGACCGCUACCUUGCCCUGGCCAAACCCAUGAAGCCCAGCAAACUGAGACGCCCUGAAUGGGCGAAGCGUGUCUGCUUGGUGAUUUGGGCAGUGGGCUUUCUGCUUAGUAUCCCUACCCUGCUGUUCCGAAAAGUCACAUUUUUGUCAUAUUUCGAGGUGGAUGCCUGCUACCUAGAUUACCCUCAUCCAGCCUGGGUGCUCCAAUGGAAUAUUACAACAAACGUGAUUGGCCUCCUUGUUCCUCUGCCCAUCAUUACAUUUUGCACCUACCACAUGGUCAGGGCACUUAAAAAUGGUGGCGUAGGGAUCCAACCAAAAGUGCAAACAGAGAGGAAAGCCACCCAGCUGGUUCUGACAGUUCUUGCUGUGUUUCUCAUCUGUUGGAUGCCCUUUCAGCUGGUGCGUUUCCUAAGCACACUAGACUACUUUCAGCUCUUACCUGGGUGCCUGUGGGAACACAUCUUGGAGAUCAGUGUCCAACUGGCUUCUUACUUGGGGUACAGCAAUAGCUCAAUAAACCCUUUCUUGUACGUUAUAGUAGGGAAUCACUUCAGGAAGAGAGCCAGAGGGGUUUGUAGGAAUCUACUGUGUCCUAGAUUGAAGGACAAGACAUUUGCACUCACAAAUGUUACUGUUAUUAGCAAGUGCAGUGACAGUCUCAAAGGAUCACAAGACAGAAUAACAACACUGGACCUGAGAUCUGUAUGUGUGAACAUCCCACAUGUUUCUUCUGGGGUGUCACUACGCAACAAUGAAAAUACACAUUUUUAG